AUGCAAGCCUGUUCAUGUAAAAAUAAAACUUUGACGAUAUUUCAUAAUUGUUUUUUCAAACCAUUGGCAACUUUAUGAAUAUGUUUUGGCAACUCGUUAUGGAAACUGUGGGGGAUGUGUAUAAAUAAGAAACGAUGCGCACAGUUUGGUAUAGAAGGUUCAAGUUUGUGUUAGAAUCUAACCUGAUUUAAGACGUAAAAAUGAAGCUUUCGGGAAUGGUCAUCGUCGUUCUUGCUGUUAAUCUCUUUGAGUUUGGAGACGCAGAAAUCACUGGAUGGACAAAACCAAGUGUUAUUAGCGGUGCUAGUGGAACUGCGACUGGAAUUUCAAAAGCUGAAGAUGUAGCAGUCGAUAGUGAAAUAGCAGAAUUCACGGCAACCCCAACUGGAAGCGGCGUUAGCAUCUCUGGUUACGAAUUACUGACAACUAACACGCCUUUUGAGAUGUCUGGUGCAAAAUUAAAUUUAAAAUCUGAGCUAAAUUUUGAAAGUGCAUCUAGUUAUGUUAUUGAAGUAAAAGCAACUGACACUGCGUCAGAAGUCGGUACUGCCACAGUGACCAUUACGAUAACGGAUGUUAACGAAGCAGCGCCAGCAUUUGGUAAAACUUCCUACACUGUUUGCGUAGCAGAUGGUUCGGCUGCAGGUACGUCGGUCACAACAUUUUCUGCAACUGAUGAAGACACAGCGAAUACCAUAUCCUACUCAAUUAACUCUGGAGACACAAACAGCGACUUCAAGGUCUCGACAGCAGAUCUUGAGGUCAAUACUGGGAAAACCCUUGAUAUGGCUACAACAGCGACGUUUACACUUGUCAUACAUGCCACUGAUGAUGGCAGUCCGGCACAGUCCGGAUCAGCUACUUACACUGUCAACGUUCAGACGUCAUGCAACGGGGCGGCAGCUUUGACCGUGACAUUUAUGACACUUUUACUGGCACUCAUAGUCUCUUUAAACUAAUUCUCUAAAGCUUAAUCUAAAUCUUCAAGCAUGCAUGUUACAUAUCUUGAAUUCAUUUAUGAAUAAUAUUUACAUAUCCUUAAAGAAAAUAGUUUUACAAAAUUUGACAAAAACUUUAAUAGCAGCUUGCACGUUCAUUAGAGGUUCUUUAUUUCUCUCUAUUUUACUACGUCAAUCUAUAAAAAUGGAUUAUCGAAUUCAAAUCUAUGAUUGGCUAUACAUGUUUACCUAACAAGGUCAAGAAAUGUACAAUGUAUUUCUCACACAUUUUUUGCUCUCAUAAUACAGUUUUUUUUAAACUACUUGAUAUAUAUAUAGACUAGAAAAUUAGUACUACAGUACUUAAGGUGAGAUGAUUCCCUCAGGAUGUUGAAGUAGAUGACUAUAACAGGUAUGAGGAAACUGUAAAGAGUUUGUGAGCAUUUCGUGGCAGCAUCCAAUACUAACGAGCUAUGACAGCUUCCCCAAUGGUUAGAAACUUUACAACAGUUACUGACAAAAUAAUCAUAACUAUAAUACGCUGUUUUAUUAACAACAUUGAAUAAAUAUGUAUUUUUUCUCAGAACACUACAUACGUUCCUGAAAUAUGACGUUAAAUACCACCUGGUUUGUCCGCUCUGACAAAAAGAAACAUUUGAGAGAAGAAAGGAACCAUUAAAAUUGAUUAAAACUAUGAUAGAGAGGUCAUUAAUUAAAGUAUUUCAUUUGAACGAUAAGCCCAAGUGUAGUGUGACUGUUUUUGAUUGCAUCCAGAGAGUCUACUCCCUUUCGUUCUUUGUGUGCGUUGUGUGUUGUUGUUUUCUUUUUCUUUUAUUGUUUUCACAGUGAAAUGAUAUCAGUGAUGAGGUACAGCCCGUAUCGAUGUUUGAUUCAUUUUGCUCCUUUUUUUUUAAAAAAAAGAAGAAUAUAUAAUGUAUUGUUUCUUUUUCUGGCAAAUUUGUUGAAUAGUUCUUUAGAAACAUAAAACCUCCAUAAAUCUGGAUUAAGUGUGAUUUAAACAUUUAUCACAACAAAAUUACAUGAAAAUUGCAGACUCGCUCUGAUUGAGUCUGUACUCGAAACAGAAUGAAAAAGUGCAACAUCCCCCACGUCCCUUAACACCAGUUUGAACGGUGCUCAAUUUCCAACACUUAAUUUUAAGCCCUGGACUCAAUGAUCCCGAAGGACCAGACAUUUAUAAGAACACUGAAGUACGGGGCAACAUUUUACCAUACUUACGCGAUUAUUAUGUCACGAAGGUAUUAUCAAUUUUUUAUGACCUUAUUUAUUAAUAAAAAAAAUUGUUGUUGAUAAUUUCUAUAUUUCAUUUCAAAUAAUUUUAUGUGUCAUUUAGGCGUUAUUCGAACUACAUGAAGAAAUCGUUCGUAAACUUUUGGUAUUUUGUAUUUUAUGGUGAGAAAUAAAAUAAACAAUACAG